CUUCAACCGGCUCUCUCCAAAAGCAGCUUCUGUUCAGUGCCAUCAGAAGUUUAACUUUGUUUUCAAUUGACUUUUAAAGUUGAGCAUAUCGUCUCAUAAAGGAUGUUCCACGAAAUGCUGAACAAGGUGACAGUUCUUGCAUUCCUAGUGGGGCUAGCAGUCGCCUUCCCAACAGACCCAUACGCACCUCCGGUACACUACAAGAGCGUUCCAAUCCCUUAUAACUAUGCCUACGGAGUCAGAGACAACUACCAUGGAACAGACUUCGGCCACAACGAGGACUCCGACGGCAAGGCAGUCAAGGGAUCAUACACUGUGCAACUUCCCGACGGACGCAGACAGACGGUAAACUACAUUGCCGACCAUUUCAACGGUUUCCAAGCUGAAGUGAGCUACCUGGGAGAGGCCCAGUACCCACAUGAGUACGGACCCCCAAUCACCUUCAAGCCCCAGUCUUCUUAUCACUAAAAUUCUCUUGUUACGAUCUAUCGAGUGAUCUCGGCGCCGUUGUACAUGUUGUUGUGAUUUUUAUUUGUUAUUUACAUUUCCGAAAUAAAAUAGGCUAUAGUUGAAUUUCUUAAA